ACGUCCCACAUCCCGAAGAGAUAUCGGAUGAGGACGAAUUAUACUACCUUUUCUCCAUUCAUGACACUAAUCAAGACGGUUAUUUGGAUGGUCACGAGCUUCGCGGAGCAUUUACCGAUGACCAUGAAGAUUCAGAUAAUACAAAUGUUUUGAAAAUGGAAGAAAUUGUUGAAAUGAUCGAUCACGCACUAUUAGAAGAUGACAUGAACAAUGAGUUUAAUGGGGACUUAAAGCUACUCUUUGUUAAUUUUCUGGAUGCAUUUUUUUUGCCCAAUGGAGUAGGAGAUACAGACGCUAUUAUAGAAGAUAAUGAACGUUUGGAACCAAGGGAGAGACGUUUUGCAGCAGGUUCAGAAUUUGACAUCA